AUGGAUGUUGGUGUAGAUCAAAUAUCCCAGCUGCUACCUGACGUUCCACUUUCCCGUAUAUAUACAGUCUUAGAAGAAAGAAAUGGCGAUGUUCAGUCAGCACUGGAGUACCUGUUGGAACCAACAUCGGAUGGAAGAAAUAAGAGUAUUUCGAAUUCUUCCAUUAAAUCACCCCGCACACCUAUCCAUACCAAUGAGAAAGCUAUUUUGCAGCUUUACGAGAUGUUUGAGCAUGUACCACUAAGUGUUCUACAGAUGGUGUACCAUAAUCAUCGUGAACUUGAGAGCGCACUGGAGUAUUUGGUACACUGUAAUACUGAAGACAUUGAACGACUGAAGAUUGUUGCUGAAGCUGAAGCUACGAUGAAGCAACAUCCUCUUUGGCAAUUUGUGCGGACAGUCCUAACAACUACAAAUGUGUGGGAGAAGCGGACUGAGACAGUAAACUUUUUGGUCGAACUCCUAGGCAGUUCCCAGAAACAGGUUUCACAGGUGGUUGCCAAGGAACAUGGAAGUGUGGAUCUGAGUCUUCGGCAAUUGCUGCUAGCAGGAGGUUCUUCCUCCUCUGAGUCCACCUACUCCAAUACUCUGGCAAUAGUGGAACUUUAUCGCCAGUUUCAUUCAGAGCUGUAUUUGAUUGACGACACUAUGUUGAGGCUCUUGUUGCAACGACUUGCGCCUGAACUUGUCAAGAUACUAAUUGCACUUCACGCUAUCGUUAAGGAGAUGGACCAGAUUGAUACGUCUGCGAGUACAGAGUUUUCAACUGCCCCACUUUCAAGUUUUAAUAUGGGGCAAAUGGUUGCCACUGACGAGAGAAAUGCAGCUUCAUCGUUGCAUUACGCUAAAGCUGCACAUCAGAGUUCCGGGGCAACUGAUGCGAAUGCGACUACGAGACUGCUGAAUCAAAACAGCGAGAGGAUCACCUUACAGAAACAUUGUGCGGCGCUGGCGGGGCGGGUUUCCACCGCCAAGGAUUCUCGUGUUCGUGACCACUACAAUUCAGAAUAUAGACACGCCAAGAAGCAAUUGCGCUUGCAUAGAGAACAGCUGCAACAACAGUUGGUGGCACAGAGGACGCAGGUAGUAAGUCAGACUCUAGACCUUCAUGGUUUAACUGUACCAAUGGCCAGGGAUGCAACCAUGACUGCGCUCAGCCGAUGGUGGAGCGAGGAGAUAAAGCUUCGCGAAUGGGAUGGCGUGCGCUACAAACACACGGGACCAGUUCAACAUAUGGAACCUUUGCGGCUUAUUACUGGCCGUGGCAUGCACAGUACUGGAGGCUUCAGCCAGAUAAGAAAGUGCCUCAUAAAAGAACUAGAAGGCUCCUGGAUCCUCAAUCGAGACAAUCCAGGAGAACUUAUGGUUCUAGGGCGGAGGAAAAAUGGUGUGGCGAGUAAAUAA